AUAGAUUGAUAUAUAAACACCCCUCCUUCAGUAAUUGAGAUAACAAAGAGAAAAAAAAUCAAUAAGUCUACUAAAGGCUUGAAAACACUAUCAAUCAAUGUUAUCUAGUUAAUCUUUAUAGAAAUUUUACAUGGAACAUUUAUCAAGAUAAACCCUAUAUGCUGACCAUAAAACAAGUAGCAACAAAUUGAAAAGAACUGAAAUCACAAAGAAUAUGUGGUCUCUGACCAUAACAGAAUUAAUUUAGAAAUCAAAAACAUAUCUCUAAAUUCCCCAAAUAUUAUGAAAUUAACCACCACAUUUCCAAAUAGCCCCUGAAUCAAAGAAGAAAUCCUGAAGUAAGUUGGAAGAUAUUUUGAACUGAAUGGUAAUUAAAACAACAUAUCAACAUUUGUGGGAUACAAUUUAAGCAGCCUUUAAAAAAAAAUUAUCCCUUUAAAAAAUCAGGGUCUAAAAUAAGGGAUCUAAGCUGUCACUCUAAGUAGCUAGAAAAGUAAAGUAAACUCAAAGGUUAGUACAAGGAAAAAAUAAAGACUAAAGCAAAAGACAAUGAAAUAUAUAAUGGAAGAAUAAUAGAGAAAAUGAGUGAAGCCAAAAGCUAGUUCAUUAAAAUAAUAAAAUUAAUAAACCACAACUAUAUAUAUAUGAAUCAGGAAAAAUAGAAGACACAAAUAAUCAAUUUCAAAAAUUAAAGAGGCUAUAUCACUACAGAUCCUACACACAUCAAAAGGCCACUUGGGGAAUAUACAAACAACUUUAUGCCAACAAAUAGAAUAGGAGAGAAUAUUUCCCAGUUCUUUUAUAAAGCGGGCAUUAUCAACAACCAGAGGCACGAUGAGAAUCAAAAACUUGGUGCCAGUGCUUUGACUUAUGCUAAUGUGCCAGCAUUUACCCACUGUAUUAUUCAUAUUUUUUAUUUUCUGUGUUUUAUGAUGUUUGACAUCUUUGAGGGCCUUCCUGGUGGGGAGAGAUUACCCUUCCUGGAGCUAGUUAACUCCUAGAGAUAGUAAACAACUUGUUGGUAAGUCCACCUUUCAUAUACAAACCAACCAAUCUCAAGUCCAUACCGUUAACCACCUCUUUUAUCUAAUUCUCACACACCAAGCCAUUAUUUCCCCUGCCCUAAAUCACCUAGGGCCUGGUACAAGACAGCUAGAGAUCAUCUCUGUAACCCACAGCCUGCCAGCGCUGUUCAAAGUAGCUAAUCCUAAGUGGCUCCCCCUGCCCUGCCUUGCCUUUCCAACAGAAGCAAGCCUCAUUAAAGGCUCUGGUCUAGGCUUUCCCCACACUUCUUUCUGCCUUCUGACCAAACCCGUUGCUUCCCCAUGUGGCCCUGUGUGGCAUGACAUGCCCUCUCAGGAAUGUCAUUACUCAGUCACCUACAUGAACUAAAAAUCCAUGAGUACAAAUGAAAAAUCCACCCAUUUUGCCCCAUUAGUGUGAAAUGAACACAGUUAAAAAGACCAGUGAAGUGUUGUUAUUAACAAAAAAUAGUUUUGACUUUAUGGACUGCCCCCAUAAGGAUCUCCAGUACACAAAGUUCAUGAAUCACACUGUGGGAACUACUAGUUUAGGCCUUUCUUCUUGUUUUUCAUCUCUUUCUUUAACAUUUUAAUCCUCUGUCUUCUUUUGUUAUAGCCUCCUCUAUAUAGGCAUUCUUAAAUCUAACCAAAAUAUAAAAAGGAAAUCAUUGUUUAAUAUUCAUCUUUCUCUUAGUUUUCAUUCUCUUUCCUUCCUUUUCCUACGCAAUGCCUUAUACUUAUUUCCUGUGCUCAGUCUCAUAUCCCAUUCUCACUAUGAAUCAUCAGAUUUCAAAAUCCAUAUGCCUUGAACCAAAGUGAAUUUCAAUAUCACUUAUUUUCAAUAAAUUUUUUUCCAAUAAAUCUCCAUGUUUCAUAUCAUAGCACUCAGAUUCCUGAUAUCUACCCAGCUUGAUUUAGGUGAAAAACACUAAUUCAUUCUCCUCCUGUUUCCCUGAGUGCAUUUUUAUAUCUUGGUUGCUCUUCUUCUCUGUAUCUAUUUUGCCUAGGAAAAUAAGUAUUUGUUGAGUAAAUGGAUUUUAUUUCAAUAGGCUGUCAUUAGUAUCCUUAAAGGAUCUUUCUUCAUUCUCAGUUCUUGUCUUUAAAAAAUUUCUUGAAGAUAUAAUAAUCUGAUCUAUUCUGAAGUUGUGAUUUGCUUGUUUUAUGUGUCUUUCAAAUUGACAUUUUUAAGACAUAUGCAUCCCUGUGUUUCUUGUGGCAUUAUUUACAAUAACCAAGAUAUGGAAGCAAUCUAAGUGUCUGUCUAUAGAUGAAUGGUUAAAGAUGUACUCAUAUACAAUGGAAUAUUACUCAGCCAUAAGAAAGAAUGAAAUCUUUCCAUUUGCAACAACAUGGAUGGACCUAGAAAAAGAAGAUGGGAAAGCUGAAGAUGUUUUAGUGAAGUUCAAAGAAUACCAAGACAGACAUUCUAGAUCAGUCAUAUUCAUCAACCACAAAAAACUAAUUAAGGAGAGAAGUAAUAUUUUUGGGAAAACAAUUAUGGUAGGAAAAAACCAUAUUAUUUCAAAAACAAUACCAUGUGAAUAUAAACCUGAUGGUAAGGUUUUUAAAAAUAUUUCAGAAUUAGUCAGUAGAAAUAUAAGUUCUGUAAGAGAGAAGUUUGGUGAAAGCAAUGGAUGGGAGAAAUCACUCCUCAAUACUAAGCAUGAGAAAAUUCAUACUGCUGUGAAUCUCUAUAAACAGACAGAAAGGAGUCUGAGUGGUAAACAAGAGCUUAUUCAACAGCAGAAAGUUCAAUCUCCAGAGCAAUCAUUUGAACAUAAUGAAAGUGAAAAAUCCUUCCUUAUGAAAGGAAUGUUAUUUACACAUACUAGAGGUCACAGAGGAGAAAGACCCUUUCAGUACAAUAAAGACGGAAUAACCUUCAUUGAAAAGUCAAAUCUCAAUGUCCAUCCACAAACUCUAAUGGAGAAAAAGCCCCAUGCAUACAGCAAAUUUGGGAAAUUCCUCUGCAGGAAGCCUAUUUUUAUCAUGCAUCAGAGAUCACAAACAGAAGAGAAACCCUUUCAGUGUCCUUACUGUGGGAAUAGCUUUAGAAGGAAGUCAUAUCUCAUUGAACAUCAGCGAAUUCACACAGGUGAGAAACCUUAUGUUUGCAAUCAAUGUGGAAAAGCCUUCCGCCAAAAGACAGCCCUCACUCUUCAUGAGAAAACACAUAUAGAGGGGAAACCUUACAUUUGUAUGGAUUGUGGGAAGUCCUUCCGCCAGAAGGCAACCCUUACUAGACAUCACAAAACACAUACUGGGGAGAAAGCCUAUGAAUGUACUCAGUGUGGAAGUGCUUUUAGAAAAAAGUCAUACCUUAUUGAUCAUCAGAGAACUCACACAGGAGAAAAACCAUAUCAAUGUAAUGAAUGUGGGAAGGCAUUUAUCCAGAAGACAACCCUCACUGUACAUCAGAGAACUCAUACAGGAGAGAAACCCUAUAUUUGCAAUGAAUGUGGAAAAUCCUUCUGCCAAAAGACAACCCUCACUCUCCAUCAAAGAAUUCAUACAGGGGAAAAACCCUAUAUUUGUAAUGAAUGUGGGAAGUCCUUCCGCCAGAAGGCAAUCCUCACUGUUCAUCAGAGAAUACAUACAGGAGAGAAAUCCAAUGGUUGUUCUCAGUGUGGGAAAGCCUUUAGUAGGAAAUCAAACCUCAUUCGUCAUCAGAAAACUCACACAGGAGAGAAACCAUAUGAAUGUAUGGAAUGUGGGAAGUUCUUCAGUUGUAAGUCAAACCUCAUUGUCCAUCAGAAAAUUCACAAGGUAGAAACCAUGGGAAUUAAGUAAAAAAUGUGACUUUUUUGUAAAAAAUGUAAAAGUCAUAGUGAACCCUGUACAUUAUGUUGCUUGCAAUUGUAAUAUUCAAGAGCUGAAGAUACUAUAUCACAUAUUUACCUGUUUCCUAGCCUAUAAAACACACAAAAAAAUAAUUAGUAGGCAAAUUAAAUGACAAAAGUCAUUGAAAAUAUAAGCCUAAGUUUUCCAUUAGUAGAUUCAGCAAACAUAACAUUAUCUGUUAAAAUUGCUGUAAACAUUUAAAAUUGCUUAUUUUAAUACAUAUCUUGUUCUGAACAGUUGGCCAACUGGCCACAGUGAGCAGAAGUGCUUUAAAAGAAAGGAGGUGUGAACUGAGUUUCUCACUGAAAAUAUGGAAUAAAAAUUAGUGGUCACCUCUGCAAAGUUAAGCACAGUUCUGACUUCUAAUAUUAUAAAUAUAUAAAUUGGAUUCUACAUCAUGUAUUAUAUGGCUUGUUUCACUCAUCACUGUUUCUAAACCUCAUCAUCAGUGCAUGUGGCAGUUUAUUUUCAUUCUGUAUAGAAUUCCAUUAUAUAAUUAUAUUACAAUCUACUCAAUCUACUGUCAAUGGACUUUUUCAUUAUAUGUGGCUUAGGUCAUAAUAAAUAGUGUUUCUGUGAACAUACUUAUCUUUCAGUAUACAUACAUUCAUUUCUCUUAGGAGAAAUGUAUAUACUUAAGAGUGGAAUUGAUGGGUCCUUUAUGUUCAGUCAACUUUGGUAGAUACUACCAAACUCAGAACUUACAGAGCAUGAGACAAUUCACUGAGAAGGAAAAUGUUUUCAAUAUGGUGACGGUUCAAAUCAGAGAAUUCAUGCCUGAGGGAAACUCUAUGAAUGUUGUCAAAACUGGGAAUCCAAAUAUAAUGUGUGUACAAAGGCUUUUAGCCACAGCCUAAGUCUUAUUUUAAUACCAGACAAAUGUAAUAAAUAUGAGAUUGUUUUUAGCCAAUGGUGACUUAUUUGAAAUAAAAAAAAACGCAUAUUAGAGAAAGCAAGGUACCUAGCAUCUUCCUUGCUCAAUGUUAGAGAAUUCUAACUGAAGAAAAAUCCUAGGAGUAUAAUGAAGGGGGUAGGGGAUAACUUUUACCCUGGCCUAUAUCUUUCUGGUAAUAUAAAAAAUGAUGAAUAUGAGAAAGCUUUCUGCCAUAGCUGAAUUCCUACAUACCACCACAGAAUUAACAUUGGAUGGGAACUCUUUAAAUGAAAUAAGAAUGACUGUAACCAUAGCUCAUUCCUUAUAUGACAUCAAUGAAUACAUACUAAAGGAAGAUUAAAACGGGAACAGAUGAGGCUUGGAACUCUAAAUAUAGGGAAAGCUGUUUCCAUGGAAGACAUCCAAUCAUAAUGAGAUCAUAAUGAUCCAGAGUCUGUGUGUGGGCACCCUGAUCAAUUGCCACAGCUAAGCUCCUAGCCAUCAUCCAGUAUCAUCUGCCAACUAUAUGAAUGAGCCAUCUGGGACAUCCAGCCAAAUCUUCAGAUGACAGUAGCCCCUGCUGACAUUGAACUGGAACUAAAUGAGACCCCAAACACAAACUGCUCAGCUAAGGCCCUUUCAAACUCCUGACCCACAAAAUGGUUAUAUUUUUCCAAAUUAAAUUUGAUAAAAAGAAAGGGAAAAUAUUAGUAUCUAUUUAUCUUAUAAAAAUAAGAUACAGAUAUUUGGAUUCCUGAUUCAAUGAUCAAAAGUAUGGUGACUACUGGGUGAUUUCGGCAUAAACAAAAACUGGUCCUGAAAUACAGUUGAAGAUUUGGUUUUAUGUCUUGUUUACAAUUAUAUACCUAAAUAACAAUGAUGAUUCAUAUAUGUAUCUCAUUUUCUGGCAGUAAAGUAUACUUAUCAACUUGGUUAGUUUAUCUAUGCAAAUGCACACUUUUCAAUUUUGCAAAAAAAAAAGAAAAUAGUUCCAAAAGACCUGCUGUGGAUAAUGCAGAGGGAAGCAAGUUUAUCUUCAAUAGAGCCUCUGCAGUCAUUUCCAUGAGGUUCCUGAACUAAGAUGCAGAAAGAAAUAAAAAGUGGAAUCUAAUGCAGAUAAGUACAGCCAUGUUCUUGUAGGAGGUACUUUUAAAUGCUUUGAAGAAGUCUAAAUGAAUUUUUGCUUUCUAACAGCUGUUCAUAAGAAGCUGCUUCUCAGGAAAAUUAGUUCUAAUAAUUUAUAAUUUGGUAAGAAACAGGAUUGGGCUUUAUUCCAGACUCCUGUAUGAAGAUUUCUUUUAAGAAGUUGGGGAUGUUCUUUUUAAUUAAUUUUUAUGGAUCUUUAUUUUGUAAAUGAAUAUAUGAAAUGAAGACUUUGCAUCUAAAUAAUCUAAUGGUCAGUGAAAUUUGGGUAGCUCUGGGGAGUUAACAUGGUUUUGGAAUCGAAGUCUGCUUACUCCUAAAUAUAUGCAACAGAAUAGGAAUUAAUUUGCAAAUUCAUAUUUUAUAGACCUAACUGCAAUGCAGUGUCAUUAGAUGAAAAAUACUUAACAUGUAUAAAGAUUUCAUCAGUUCAAAAGGACUGACAAGACUCCACAAAGCACAUCCAUGUAAUGCUUUCAUUUAAAAGCAAAGGAUGUUCUUCACCAAGAGGAAGAAAGGGUAGGUAAGCGUUGGUGGGGGUGUGUGUCUGAGAAUCAUCCUCGUGCAAGCUCCCUAGUGUCUUCAUUCUGUCUCCAGGUUAAGCCACUAAGAUCUGUGAUCUUUUCUUUGGGAGAGCUCAAGGCAGAAGUUCCCAGCACGGGCUUUUAUGGCCCUCUGUUCACUGCUUACAUAGUCAAGCUGGGCUAUCUAAUCAUUUAUGUGAUUAAGCAUACUGGCUCUGGGAGUCUCCAGGGGAGUUCUGGACUUUAAACAUCGCCUCAUAUAUCUCUCUGCCCUAUCAAGAGCCAAAGCCAGACAUCCAAGCAUCAUGAAGAUAAUGUCAGAGCUUUUCCAGUCCAACUGUAAGUCAACUCCGUCUAAUAAAUAUGGUUCCUACAUCUUCUAUGUAUUUUCUUAUAAUGUAUGUACGUAAGCAAGAAUGUUGCCUCACUUCCUGUCUCCCCAGUAUCAGAGUAUACACAGAGUAUUUCAAAACUGAAACUUUCUCACCAGGUAAUGCUUAAAUCAUUCCACUUAAUUUGUGGUCCAGCAAUAGAAUCAGGCUUGCCAUGCUCUGCCACAUCAGUAAUAUGCAACAGCAAAAUAUACAAACAUCAACACUAUAAUCUAAAAUUAAUCUGGGGUGGUCUACCAUUUGAGAUAUCCAUCAGUUUAUAAUCUGGGGUUUUUCAAAACACUAGAUGUGUGAUGAUUCAAAGCACUGAUAAGGAUAUAGAACAACUGGAACUCUCAUGCAUUGCUAAUGGGAAUGUAAAAUGGUGAAGGCACUCUGGAAAACAAUUUCACAGUUUCUUGAAAAGUUAAACAUACUUCCUGGGUGACCCAACAAUCCCACUUGAAGAUAUUUAUCCUAGAGAAAUGGGAAGUUAAUCACACAAAAAUCUAUAUGUCAGUGUCUAUAGUAUUAUUUAUAAUCACUAAAACUAGAAAUAACCCAAAUGUUCUUCAGUGGCUAAAUGCGUACACCAUGGUAUACCCACACAAUUGAAUACUAAGCAAUAAAAACAAUGAUACAUGCAACAGUAUGGAUGAACCUCACAUACAUUAUGCUAAAAGAAAGAAACCAGUCAUUAAAAUUUAUAGUAUGAUUUGCUUUCUAUGACAUUUUGGAAAAAGUAAAAAUAUAAGGACAGAGAAUAUAUCAGUGAUAUCCAGGGGCUAGGUAGGGGUAGGGGAGGCCCUGAAUAGAAAGGGUACUUGAGGGAAUUCUUUGAGGUGCUGGAAUUGUUUUGUAUACUCUUUGGGGUCAUAAGUAUAAAAAUCUAUGCAAGUGUAAAAACAGAACUGUAUACACACAAAAAAGUAGUGAAUUAGAGUAGUGACAUCAGCAAGAGGUUGGAAUAAGAAUUUCCAGCACUCAUCCUCUCACAGAAACAUCAGUUUGAAUGAUUAUCCACACAAAUAAAAGUACGAACUAAUAAAUUAAGGUAGGAGAUUAUAGCAUUUGGAAGGAGGAUGGAAAUAAGACACUUUGAAGAGGAUAAAAAAGAAUGACUUCACAUUACCUGCAUCACUGCUUCCCCAAGCUCACACAGUGAUGCAUGGAGAGAGAUAUCUUCUGUAUGAGGAAAGAGUAGUAAACUGAGCACCCUUUUCCAGACACCCUAGUACUAGACUCCCCCAGUGGACCCAAGCUCCAGGCCUGUCUCAGUGCCAGGACAGCCCCUGGAACCCAGGCUCCAGGUCCACCACUAUUACUCAGGAUUCAGUAAUACUUAGUCUGCCCCUGUGGACACAGACACCAGGCUCUAGGCUAGCCACCAAGACAGGCUUCAGACACACCCUCUCACCAUGUUGGCCCCCACAAACACAGUUACCAGCCUGGCACCCAUGAACCCAGGCUCCAGACCCACCCCCAUAGUCCCAAGCAUAAGGCCUACCUCCACAGACCUACCAUCAGGCUUGUCCAAACGGGCCAUAGCACCAGACUGGCCCCCACAGACUCACGAUCAGGCCUAUCCCCAUGGAUUGAGACAACUCUAGCACCAAGGCCAGCUCCCACAGUCUCAGGCUCAAGGCCUACCGCAACAACAGGCUAGCUCCUAUGGACCCAGACUCCUGGCCAAGCCCAGUUAACUCCAGCACCAAGUCCUCCCCAAUAGACCCAGGCUCCAGGUUUGCAACACAAACCCAAACAGAAGCCCAGCCCAGUGGACCCCAGCACCAUAUCAGCUAUCAUGGAUCCAAGCUCCAAGU